ACCCCUGUUCCCGUCCCGGCCGCGGCACCCCGUCCCUAACCAGUAACCACCAUCGCUUCAGCCUCCACACUUCAUUGACUUAAAGCAAUCGCCCAGUCCAGUACACCGAUGGCUGACCGCUGACGCCAGAUCGAUCGGGAGCCCCAGCUCGCCGGUGAGUCCAUUCUGGAUCGGCUCAUCGGUGGAGCCGUGCAUGCCUCAGUUUCCUUCGCCACCAUUAUAAAUACCGCCCCACCCACACGCCGGCGAACACAUCGGCGCACACACACAGUCACGCACUAGGCAUUUCUUUCUUUCCCCGUCCGUCCGUGCGUGCUCUCCGGAGCCCACGCACCACGACGUAGUACGCCUCCCCUCCCGCUUUCUCUUUCUCUUUCUCGCUCGCGGGAUGGGGAUAAAGUGGCCGGGCCAAUGCGGCGCGGCGGCGUCGCUGGCCCUGCUUCUCGUCCUCCUCGUCGCCGCGCCGCCGCGGGGAUGCGUUGCGGCUGCGGGGAGCGGCGGGGGAGGGCUCACGAGGGGCAGCUUCCCCAAGGGGUUCGUCUUCGGCACCGCCUCGGCCGCGUACCAGUACGAGGGGGCGGUGAAGGUGGACGGGAGAGGGCAGACCAUCUGGGACACCUUCGCGCACACCUUUGGAAAGAUCACUGACUUCAGCAAUGCGGACGUCGCGGUGGAUCAGUACCACCGUUUCGAGGAGGACAUACAGCUGAUGGCGGACAUGGGGAUGGACGCGUACCGCUUCUCCAUCGCCUGGGCCAGGAUCCUCCCAAAUGGCGUUGGUCAGGUCAACCAGGCCGGCAUCGACCACUACAACAAACUCAUCAACGCACUGCUCGCUAAAGGGAUUCAGCCAUAUGUGACCCUGUACCACUGGGACCUCCCCCAGGCCCUGGAGGACAAGUACAACGGGUGGCUCGACAGGCAGAUUGUGGAUGACUUCGCGGAGUACGCCGAGACAUGCUUCGCGGCGUUCGGCGACAGGGUGAAGCACUGGAUCACGGUGAACGAGCCGCACACGGUGGCCAUCCAGGGCUACGACGCCGGGCUGCAGGCGCCGGGGCGCUGCUCCGUGCUGCUCCACCUCUACUGCAAGUCCGGCAACUCCGGCACCGAGCCCUACAUCGUCGCCCACAACUUCAUCCUCGCCCACGCCGCCGUCUCCCACGCGUACAGGACCAAGUACAAGGCGGCGCAGAACGGGGAGCUCGGCAUGGCGUUCGACGUGAUGUGGUACGAGCCCAUGUCGUCCGCCGCGAUCGACGUCGAGGCGACCAAGCGGGCGCAGGAGUUCCAGCUGGGGUGGUUCGCGGACCCCUUCUUCUUCGGCGACUACCCGGCCACCAUGCGGAAGCGGGUCGGGGAGAGGCUGCCGAGGUUCACGGCGGAGGAGGCCGCGCUCGUCAAGGGGGCGCUCGACUUCGUGGGCAUCAACCACUACACCACCUACUACACCAGGCACAACGACACCGACAUCAUCGUCCGGCUGCUCAACGACACCCUCGCAGACACCGGCACCAUCAGCCUGCCAUUCAAGAACGGCAGAGCGAUUGGGGAUAGGGCGAACUCGAUAUGGCUGUACAUUGUGCCCAGAGGGAUGAGGAGCCUGAUGAACCAUGUCAAGAACAGGUACAACAGCCCGCCAAUCUACAUCACCGAAAACGGGAUGGAUGACAGCAGCAGCCCCUUCAUUGCCCUCAAGGACGCCCUCAAGGACACCAAGCGGAUCAAGUACCACAACGACUACCUCACCAAUCUGGCCGCCUCCAUAAAGGAGGACGGGUGCGACGUGCGCGGCUACUUCGCGUGGUCGCUGCUGGACAACUGGGAGUGGGCGGCCGGGUACACGUCCAGGUUCGGGCUCUACUUCGUGGACUACAACGAUAAGCUCAAGAGGUACCCCAAGAGCUCGGUGCAGUGGUUCAAGAGCCUCCUCAGCUCCAGUUGAGAUCGAGCUACGAGCACUUUGCUAGGUCAUUGGUUUGUGCUCGUGUGCAUGGUGUGGUUGCAUGUAUUGUCAUCGUGUCUGUCUGUUGCUGCCAGUAUGUUAGGAUGAUACACACGUCUGGGGUUUCAGAGUUAGAAGGUGUUGUCUUCAUGGAUUGUAUAGCUUCUACUUGUGGUCCUUGGGCGUUUUCUUCGCAAUAUACACACACACACACAAGGGCAGACAUAUACCAAUUGAAAUAUUUGUGUAUA